UAGCCCACAGCCAUCGAGGGCCUAAAACCCUAAAAGGAAGAGAAGUCUUCCCUUCCUCUGUCACGCUAAAACCCCGAAAUCGCCCAGCUCCAUCGCAGCAACGCCUUCAUCCUCCACGAGCGCCCGCCGCGAAAUGGCGGCUCUCGUCUCGGAAACCGUCCAAAAGGUGUUCACUCCCGAGACCCUGCGCGCCGCCGCCAAGCAGUCCCGGGGCUGCCUCACCGUCCCCGUCCGCCUCCGCCGCGCCAUCAAGAAGUACCUCCGAGAGCUGGAGGAGCCGCACCUCAAGAGGAAGGUCUUGAGGUUAUCUGCCUCCUUCAGUGAAAUCAAGGACGUCAAUCUUCUGCUGACGGCCUCGACGUCAAAUCAGCUGGUCGAAGAUCCUCUGAAGUCGGUGGAGAGCUCCAAGAGAUGGAAGAUUAAGAGCGCGUAUGGUGACAUUGGUCUUAAGUACAGUGAUGAUGAGACGGUCGCUUAUGUCGCUUCGCGGAUGCCGGCCGUUUACUCGGCUUGUUAUAGAGUCCUCAAAGAGAUACGCAGAAGGUUACCUGAUUUCUCUCCAUCUAGAGUGUUGGAUUUUGGUGCAGGCACGGGAUCAGCUUUCUGGGCGCUCCGGGAAGUCUGGCCACAGUCUGUGGAGAAAGUUAAUUUUGUAGAGCCGUCUCAAUCAAUGCAGCGUGCUGGUCGGAGCCUCAUACAAUGUAUGAAGAAUUUGCCACUUAUUCAUAGCUAUGAUAGCAUUCAGUCACUUUCUAAGAACAUCAACAAGUCCGAGAGGAAACAUGACCUCGUGAUUGCUUCAUAUGUGCUAGGAGAGAUACCCUCAUUCAAAGAUCGAAUUACAACAGUUCGUCAACUGUGGGAUCUCACAGACGAUGUUCUGGUGUUAGUUGAACCGGGGACACCUCAUGGAUCUAAGAUCAUAGCGCAGAUGAGAUCUCACAUAUUAUGGAUGGAAAAUAGGAAAUUGCGCAAAGCUGCAAAACUAAAUCAAGAUUGUAAGGAUUUGUUGGAUCUCAAAAGCGGGGCAUUUAUAGUUGCUCCUUGUCCUCAUGAUGGGCAUUGUCCAUUAGAGAAUACAGGGAAUUAUUGCCAUUUUGUUCAGCGCUUGGAGAGGACAUCUUCCCAGCGGGUUUACAAGCGCUCAAAGGGUGGGCCUUUACGAGGUUUUGAAGAUGAGAAAUUUUGCUACGUUGCUUUCAGACGGGGACAACGACCUAGGGGAGCUUGGCCACUGGAUGACAUGAAAUUUGAAACAUUGAAGGAGCUGCAUGCUAAGAGAAAUCCUGAGGAUCUUGACAUUGAUCUUGAGGACUACAUGAAGAUGCAAUCAGUUGAGACUCCACAUGAAGAGAUAGAUCCCGUUUCAUAUGAUUCCGACUUCAUAGAGUCAGACGCAAUUGAUGAUGAAAUCAAUGAGGAAGGAGACACAGAUGAGUUUACUCGUGCUGAUCUUGGGGGUGGUUGGGGCAGGAUUAUCUUUAGUCCCGUUCGUAGAGGCAGGCAGGUUGCAAUGAAUGUGUGCCGGUCGACCCAACGUGAUGGCUCAGAAGGUGCAUUUGAGCGCUUGGUGGUCACAAAGAGUAAGAAUCCUAAUUUGCACCAUCAAGCUAGGAGAUCUCUCUGGGGAGAUUUGUGGCCCUUUUGAGAUUAAAGUGCUUCUCUCUGUGUUCGUGCGUUCGUGCUGACUUCGGGGGUUGUUGGGGCAGGAUUAUCUUUACUCCUGUUCGUAGAGGCAGGCAGGUUGCGAUCGAUGUGUGCUGGCAGACCAAACCCGAUGGCUCGGAAGGUGCAUUUGAGCUCAUGGUGGUCACAAAGAGUAAGAAUCCCAACUUGCACCAUCAAGCUAGGAGAUCUCUCUGGGGAGAUUUAUGGUCCUAUUGAGAUUAAAAGUUUGGUCUCCAUCCCUCCUAUUUUGUCUUAGUUUUUGAUUGUUAGACUAGUCUGUAAUUAAAGGCAUAGGAGAUUCAUUUUUUUGCUACAAACUGCUUCUCUCUGUGUUCCUGCUUAUGAUUAUGUCAAUGUAACCAUUAAGCACUGUUUUGUAUUGGCAAAAAUUGCUCAAGGGAAAGC